GGCUCGCCAGACUAUCUACUGCAGUGUGUGGCAAAAAUUCAGAUGACCACAUACUUUUACGAAGGAAUUUGUACUCUUUUUUUAUUCUUACUUAGUAUCAGCAACACCUGUGACCUAAACUUUGGACUUUGGAAACAAAUUGCUUAAUAGCCAGGGAGGGUUUCACAUUCCCAUGAAUUAGGAACAACCUUGUGGUAUGGUACACUCCUCUUCCACACACUUUCACACACACAUAUUUUAGCACAGAUGUGUGUUUGGUGUUUCCUGUUUAGUCUUGAGGAGUGUGCUCGAGGUUGACUGGUGGUAAAGUUUUGCGGGAUACCUUCUCCAAGACAGAAUCUUUGCAGGAUCCAGGAAGUCAUGCUGCUGCUCCUGGCCGCUCUGCUUGCCCUCUCUGGCGGCGCUCUGUCUCUGGACAAACUCAACAUGUGUAUGGAUGCAAAGCACCAUAAAGUGGAGCCUGGCCCCGAGGGAGCACUGUACCUUCAGUGCAGUCCCUGGCGUGACAACGCAUGUUGCACAGCCAACACCAGCGAGGAGGCCCACAAUGACAACUCCUACUUGUACAACUUCAACUGGAACCACUGCGGCGCAAUGAGCUCCAAGUGCAAGGAGCAUUUCAUUCAGGACACUUGCUUCUACGAGUGCUCGCCACACUUGGGACCUUGGAUACAACCGGUAGAUCAGAGUUGGCGAAAGGAGCGCAUCUUGAACGUGCCUAUCUGCAAGGAGGACUGCGAACGGUGGUGGGAAGACUGCAAGAACGAUUUCACGUGCAAGACGGACUGGCACAAGGGAUGGGACUGGAGCUCCGGAACUAACAAGUGUCCAAAAGACAGUAAAUGCAGAAAAUGGACUGAUGUCUUCGCUACACCCAAAUCCAUGUGCGAGCAAAUUUGGUCCAACUCUUACAUUCACACCACCUAUACCAAAGACUCUGGUCGCUGCAUGCAGCUCUGGUUCACCGGAGCGAACCCCAACAAGAAGGUGGCGGAGUACUACCUCAAUGCCGCACAGCGGGGACAAAGCUAUCUCGUGACAACCCUGCUCUUCCUGACCGUCUCCUCUUUCUUUGUAACAAUGUUCUAGUACGACACAUUUGGCAUCUCCUACAUCACAGUGUCCAAGCAAAUUAAAGUGGUUUUUAACACAG